AUUACCCAAAUUUCAAAAAUUAUUUCCCCAAGAGCCCCCUCCAGUUCAGCCUUCAACCCGAAGUAUCCUAAGCUAUGACCAUCAAGAUUUCCUCGAAUUAACUCCACCCCAAAACCCUAGAACUCCGCCCAAAGGACGCCAUGGGUUUUCAAUUGGGAUCCGAUCCCGAUCCCCAGUCAGUGGUCUCGGUCACUCUCUUCACUGCUCUCAUCUGCGCUUGCGUCAUCAUCGGCCAUCUCCUUGAAGAGAGCCGGUGGAUGAAUGAAUCCAUCACCGCGCUCGCCGUUGGGCUUUGUACCGGAGUGCUGAUACUUUGGACCAGUGGAGGGAAGAGCUCAAGGAUUUUGGUCUUCAGCGAGGAUCUCUUUUUUAUUUACUUGCUUCCGCCGAUCAUUUUCAAUGCCGGAUUCCAGGUGAAGAAGAAGCAAUUCUUUCGGAAUUUUAUGACAAUUAUACUGUUUGGAGCAGUUGGGACAUUGAUGUCAUUCAUGAUAAUUUGGCUCGGUGCCCGUGGAUUAUUCAGUAAGCUGGGUAUAGGUUCCUUGGAAAUUAAAGAUUAUCUUGCGAUAGGGGCAAUCUUUUCUGCAACAGAUUCUGUUUGCACCUUGCAGGUGCUUAAUCAGGAGGAGACACCUUUACUUUAUAGCUUGGUGUUUGGUGAAGGUGUUGUCAAUGACGCUACAUCGGUGGUACUAUUCAAUGCAAUCAAGAACUUUGAUCUCGUUCACAUCGACUUUGCUAAUUCUCUGCAGUUCGUUGCAAACUUCAUUUAUUUAUUUGCCACUAGCACCUUCCUUGGAGCAUUUGCUGGUUUGCUUAGUGCUUAUGUCAUCAAAAAGUUAUACUUUGGCAGGCAUUCUACUGAUCGUGAAGUCGCCCUUAUGUCACUCCUAGCUUACCUUUCGUAUAUGCUGGCUGAAUUAUUAAAGUUGAGCGGUAUCCUGACAGUAUUCUUCUGUGGAAUAGUUAUGUCACACUAUACUUGGCAUAAUAUAACAGAAAGUUCCAGAGUUACCACUAAGCAUGUUUUUGCUACAUUCUCAUUUAUGGCGGAGAUUUUCAUCUUUCUUUAUGUUGGCAUGGAUGCAUUGGAUAUUGAAAAGUGGAGGCUUGUUGAAAACAGUCCUGGAAAAUCGAUUGUUGUGAGCUCAAUUCUAAUAGGUUUGGUUUUGGUUGGAAGAGCCGUAUUCGUUUUCCCACUAUCUUUCUUGAUGAAUUUAGCUAAAAAGUCACCAAAUGAGAAAAUCUCCUUUAAGCAGCAAGUUACAAUAUGGUGGGCAGGUCUUAUGCGUGGUGCGGUAUCAAUUGCACUCGCUUACAAUCAGUUUACAACUUUUGGUCACACCCGACAGCGUGGAAAUGCUAUCAUGAUCACGAGUACCAUUACAGUUGUUCUUUUUAGCACAAUGGUGUUUGGGUUGAUGACCAAGCCUCUAGUCAGGCUCCUACUUCCUUCAAGCACAAGACAUUCCAGCAGCAUGUCAGAGCCUCCAACUCCCAGUUCUGUCCUCAUUCCCCUCCUUGAAAAUGUACAGGAAUCUGAGGUCGAAACUGGAGGUGGAAAAAUACGUCGACCGCCAAGUCUCAAAAUGCUUCUCACCGAACCAACUCACACAGUCCAUUAUUGGCGUAGCUUUGACAAUUCUUUCAUGCGCCCUGUUUUUGGUGGGCGAGGAUUUACACCCUUUGUUCCUGGCUCGCCUACUGAAAAUGGUGCGAGUACCGUACUGUGAGAUUUUUGGGAAUCACCGUUAUAUAUUGUUAUUUGGGUAUUCUAGUUGUUAAUAUUGUAUAUAGAAAUGAGUCAGUUUCACGUGGAAUGCCACGAGUAUGGUUUGGCUUUGGUUAUCAUCUAGAGCGGCUUGAGUGGUUUUUGUAAAUUCAUGUAAUCGCAGAUCAUGAUACUAAAAUGCAGCUCUUUUAAUUAAGAAAAGAGAGAAAAAAAGAAGAAGAAAAGUUACA